UCCGCCCCUUCUAUCUUACGCAUCCCUCCCCAGGUAGAAAAGAGAGCACUUCCUAGUUUAGCUUGAGAAAGAGCGUGGACGAAUAGAAAAGAAAGGAAUGGGAGGGGUGGAGGGUAAAGAGUGAGGCAAGCAGGAAAGGAAUUGCAGGGAAAGCAAAUUGUGGAGCGGUGCUAGAGAUUGGGGACUGUCAGGAGUACAGAGGCACUAGAAAGUGCAUGGGAGUUGCUAAUUUCGCUCCCCCCCCGGUGGUCGCUCUCCAAGACUUUGCCCCACAGAUUCUAAGUGGGCGCCGAUUCUCCUCAGUGUGGUCUUGUAUGCUUUCGACAAAGGCGCCUGGUGAGGGGGAUCUUGCUCAAUGAAGAAAGAGAAAACCUUGGAAAACAGUUGAGGAACUUGAGCUGCGGAGGAAGUUUCUUGGUUUAAAGAGCUAUACGAACCACUUACUCUACUAAGGAAAUAUGUGGAAAUAAAAAGAUUUUAAAUUCUACUCAGAUCUGGUGCUUCUUGGAGAGAGGUUAAAGAAAAAGGGUUAGGUUGCAUUGGGUUGCAACCGGCUGUCUUGACAGGCUCGAUAGAAGGUGGAAAGCAAAACUGCAAACCUGGGUCUCCGUAGCGAGAUGAACAUGGUUUUGGGGGCAUGUGGGGAAGGUUCCGAGACCCUCCUCCACGGAGAAUUUGGUGCCUAUCCGCCCAAGGGGACCCGCUAUGCCCUGAGCCUCACACGGACAGAAUUGCAUAUCCAGCACCUGGUGCCUAAGCCAGACACAGAUCACCGGACAGUGGUGCAGCUUAUUGAUGUGGUGGGGUGUCACACAAUGCGCAGCCAUACGAUUGCAGACCAAUCAGCCUUCUUCUGUGUCUACAUUUACCCGCUGAAGAAGAAGAAGGUGGCCGUGAGCUCAUGGCGGAUGCGGCAGCGGACUGCAAGGACCUUUCAGGUUGACAGUGCAGAAUGCUAUGAGGAUAACCAAAUUCUUGCUGAGAAAUGGGCAGCUGCCAUCAAGUGCUUGGUGUUGGGGAUUCCUAUCUCAAGCAAAACAGAGAUCAGCUGCAGCCUGCUACCGCAUCGCCGUCGCCUGCUCCUUUUGCUAAACCCCUUUGGAGGCAAGGGUAAUGGCCUGCAGUGGUGCCAGAAUCAUAUCCUCCCCAUGAUUACGGAGGCUGACAUCAGCUUCAACUUGAUCCAGACAGAGAGACAGAACCAUGCCCGGGAACUGGUACAGAACAUCAAUUUAGCUGAGUGGGACGGCAUUGUAGCCAUCUCAGGAGAUGGACUUCUAUAUGAGGUUAUUAAUGGCUUGAUGGAACGGCCAGACUGGGAAGAAGCCAUAAAAAUGCCUCUUGGUAUUCUCCCGUGUGGGUCUGGAAAUGCCUUAGCUGCAGCCAUUAACUUCAGUGCUGGGUUUGAGCAAGUCUUGGGCCAGGAGCUGCUUACAAACUGCACCCUCCUGCUCUGCCACGGGGCGGUGUCCCCCUUGGACCUGGUGUCCAUCACCACCUCAUCAGGGACCCGGUCCUUCUCCUUCCUGGGUGUGGCCUGGGGCUUCAUCUCUGACGUGGACAUUGAGAGCGAGAAGUACCGGCACAUGGGCCCAGUCCGGUUCACAUUGGGGACUAUGGUUCGCCUGGCCUCCCUGAACACUUACCGGGGGCGCCUGUCCUACCUGCCCGCUUGGGAUAGCACAGCUCACCGGCCCAUCUUGCGCAGCAUCACCAUGGCGGCCAAUGGGAGCCUCCCCUUCCAGCGCAUGCCGCUCCACCGCACAGUCUCCGACCUAGGGCUCUGCGAGGAACGCCACACCACCUGCUUCCAAGGGGUUCAGCCGGCCGAUGAGCCCACCCCUUCACCCAGCUCCCCGCCUCCUCCUUCCAGCUUCCACUCUUCCAGUUUCAACUUUGAGACUCUGUCAGAGGAGCUGGUAGCUGACAGCAAGGGCCCCCAGGAGCCAAACCCCUCAGUGGCUGCGCCUGCCAUCUCACCAUCUGCCCGGCAAAUGCAUGGCCCCGUGGAUGAACUCCUCACCCCACUUGACCAGCCGGUCCCCAAGUCAUGGGUGACAAUGGAGGACGAUUUUGUUUCAGUCUUGGCCAUCUACCAGACUCACUUGGGUGCUGACCUGUUAAUGGCACCUUUUGCCUGCUUUAAUGACGGCCUCAUCCAUCUUUGCUUCAUCAAGGCGGGCAUUUCCCGGGCGGCCCUGAUUCGCUUCUUCUUGACCAUAGAGAAAGGAGCUCACUUUGAGCUGGAGAGCCCCCACUUCACCCACAUACCUGUCCGGGCCUUCCGCAUUGAGCCCCUCACUCGCAAGGGCAUCCUCACCAUUGACGGUGAGAGGGUAGAAUAUGGUCCUAUCCAGGGGCAAAUCCAUCACGGGAUUGCCAACUUGAUCACCGGCAUGAACCAGGUUAAGAUUGCAACAUUCUGACCCGGGUUUCUGCUACCUCCCUGGCAGGAGAAUGUAGCUGAGCUGAUGUCACUUGCAUUUUCUUCUACCGCUUGGCUGCAAGAGAGGGGCUGACAUUGGGGGUACUCUGUGUGUGUGUGUGUGUGUGUGUGUGUGUGUGUGUGUGUGUUGGGGGGGAGGGGAAGUGUUCUGACUUGCAGUGCUCCCUCCAGCCACCAGAGAGCAACCUGCUGCUUAAGACCUCCCUCUGCUCUUCUAGGCCUUUGAGUGCAUAUACUGUAUAUCCCUGUAAUGAGCCUUGGAUGACAGACCUUGGGCACUCCCCCCCCUCCAUAAUCUGCUGCUGUCCAUGGUAUGCAGUGGUUUGAAGGAAGGCCUCCUCACUCCCAUCCCUGCUUGCAGAAGCCUAAUUUUGCAAGCCUGUUCUAAAUCUCCCCUCAAGAAGGAGCAGUGUGGCUACAGGGACCUUCUGUGCAAGUCAGGUGGAGAAGAGAUCUGGCAUUGACUCCUUCCCCUACAAGUAAUAGCUCAUCAGAACUGCCAUCCUCUCCACCUUGUUCCUUUUUGAAGUCCGUGCCUACAAGUCCAUUUUUCCAACCUGUCAGCAGGUUCUUGCCUCAGGACCUGUGGGCUCCUCUGCACUUGCCCCUUUCACCAGACUGGGUCAGCAUGGCUCCCAGCCCUCUCUGGCUCAUAGUUCAGUACCGUUGCUGAGUCUCUACUAAGUGAUGAUGGUUAUUUUGGGAUUGUGGGGAGGGGAUGCCAGUGUGGAUCAGAGCAUUAAUGGGCUGGGGAAACGCAUGUGACGCACCAACCUUCCUUUGCUCUUCAAGCCAUGGGACCAAGGGUAACGCCACAGAUUUCUUCACUGUUCCCUUUUCCUCCACUCCUUGCGUGUUUUGGAAGGUUGCUGCUUGUCUUCAGCUGAACUGCACACUCCUUCCCUGCUGAAUGGGACCCCUUUUGAGGCCACCUUCCGGUCCCAAACUCUCACACACCUUUUACCUGCAAUUCACAAGAGCAGAAGCUGGAGCAACACAAAGCCUCAUUUGCUGGUCCUGGUUGUUCCACAAUCCGCCCAGCCGAAUUGUGUGUAUCUUGCGUGCGUGUAAAGACAUAAGUACCGGAAGGGUGAAAAGGCCUCUCAAGCUGGGAGUUGAAUGUAAGAGGCAGCCCGCAAACUCUACAGUUGUGUACUUGUCUCCCUUUUAAACCUAACUGAUCGAUGCCAGUCAUUUCCUUGUCCUUCUGGGUUUACCCUGGCAAGGGAGAUCUGCCCUCUUUUUGGAGUUGAGCUUGGCUCUCUCCUGCAGGGGGCGACCGAGGACAUUUAGGGGAAGGAAGGGACCACUCUCUCUACAGCCUUCUCUGGCUCAUUUCUCGCCAGCCAGAGGUGUAGUGAAAGGCAAUGGGAUUACUUCCCCAGCAGCCCCUAUGCUGAUAACCUCCCAGUCUAGCUCUUUCUAGGAAUACAUUGGAUGAAUGCAACUGGAUUAUUUUUUUUUCUGUGGGAGGAGGUUUAACUUUGAUAGGGUGGUGGUGAUUUUUUCUUCUCCCCACUAUGUGGGGGUUAACAAGCAAUUAAAAUGAUCUAAUACUGUAAUAGAUUGUGUGUGUGUGUGUGUGUGUGUGUAUGAAAUGAUAUUCACCGUAGAUGCAUUGUCUGUGUCUCUUAAGGGCCCUGGGAAGGGCCGUAGCUCAGUGGCUGAGCGUCUGCCUUGAAGGUCCCAGGUUCAGUCUGCAGCAUCUCCAGACAGGGCUGGGAGUGUCCCCUGCCAGGAGAGUUGCUGCCAAUCAGUGUAGACAAUACUGAGCUGGAUAGACCAAUGGUCUGAUUCAUUAUAAAGCAACUUCUUAUGUUCCUGAGAGAGGUCAGAUCAGGAGAUGAAGUUGGCAAAUGUCUCCCACUUUGUUAUGGGGAGAAGCCUGUAUAUUGGAGGUUGGUAAUCUAGAGCAGAGCAUAAUGAUGAAGAGUUGUCACUUUGCUGAAAGUCCCAGGCUGCCACAAUACUUACUUUUUCUUUUUUUAAUAAAGGGGGGAAUCCUAAAUAAUGGGUUUGUUGGAAUAGACCAAAGGCCUAUGUAUUCCAAAACUAUCUUUGCUAUCACUGGCCAGCAGGAUGCCUCUAGUGUAGAAGGUUACAAGCAGGGUUUAUUGGUUCUAAUUUUCACAUGCUUGGGACAGACAGACUGCUUCUGUCACUGGAUGUUCCAUUCAACUAUCAUAACUAAUAGCCAUCAAUACAAAAGGGGUAGCCAAAAUCAUCAAGGGCCUGGAGGAACUGCCCUGUGAGAAAAGGUUACAUUCAUUUGGAGCUUUUUAGCUUAGGGAAAAAAUGAGUAAAGUGGGACUUGAUAGGGGUGUAUAAAAUUAUGCAUCGUACAGACAAAGUGGCAGGGAGACAUUCCCCCCCCCAUUAUGCUAGCACCUGUGGUCAGCCAAUUAAGCUGAACAGUGAGAGAUUCCAGGCACACCAAAAAAAGUACUACUUUUGCACAGUGCAUAGCUAAGCUAUGGAAUUUGCUAUGGACCAAGAUGUUGUGAUGGCCACCGGCUUGGGAUGGUUUUAAAAGGUGAUUAGACAGAUUCAUAGAGGAUAUGGCCAUCAGAGGCUCCUUGUCAUGAUGGCUAUCUGUUAUCUCCAGUAUCAGAGUAUCCGAAUCCCAAUUGCUGGCGAAUCUGAGUGGGAGAGUGCUGUUGUGCUCGUGUCUUGCCUGUGAGCUUCCCACGGGCAUCUCUUUAGCCACUGUGGUAAACAGGAUGCUGGACGAAAUGGGCUUUUAGUCUGAUUCAGCUGGGCUCUUCUUACGUACUUAAUAGACCUGUCCAUUUAUGUUUCUUAGUCUUUUUGCUUUUCAGAACCAUCUAAGCUAGUAGUUUAGCCAGACUUGCCACCCUCCAACAAGGAGGAGGCUUGAUGGGAUGAAAGGUUCCUGGUUACCUCCUAGAAUGCUGGGCCAUCCAGCAUGAGAUCUGCAGGCCAGACUUGCUUGUGUUGUUUUUUGUCAACACAGCUGUACAUGGUCCCAUUAGGGGUUUAGAAAAGAGUUUGUGUUCCUUUAACUGCUGAUUUUUGUUUUCACUAUGAAUGUACCCACCGAAGAGUUAGAGUGAAGUGAGUGAGAGCAAGUUUUAUAUGCUGCUGCAACAAAGAAAAGACCUUCCUGCGAAAUUUCCACCUCACAAAAACGUCCAAGGAGCAGGCUAUCAUUUUGAUCACUGCAAUCGUCGAGUGAAUUACACGGUUAAGCCCUCCCUACCCCUUUCCAGGUGCCUCUGCCCCAGCAAGGGACAUUAUUUCCUCUCUAGGAAUAAAUACAACAGGAUUCUGGGAUCUUCUGGCCUUCAUGUGGGCAUUCAGUAAGCUGAAUGUUGGAAGAUUCAGGGCAGGACGCACAGCACACAGUUAAACUGUGGAAUUUGCUCCACAAGAGGCAGCGAUGGUCAUCAACUUGGAUGGCUUUAAAAGAAGAGUAAACAAACCCAUGGACAAUAAGGCUAUCAGCUGCAGCCUCCGUUGUGUUGUGCCUCCGUUGUCAGAGGAAACACGCUUUUGAAAACCACUUGCUAGAAACCGCAGGUGCUCAGGUCCUGCUUGUGGGCUUCCCAUGGGCAUCUGGUUGGCCACCGUGAGAACAGGAUGCUGGAUGAGAUGGGCCAUCUAGCAGGCUCUUCUUCUGUUUUUCAUGUGGGGUUAAACUACAGCUUAACUUGGGUCCUGAUUGCGGGCUUCCCCCAGGCACCUGGUUGGCCACUGUGAGAACAGGAUGCUGGACUAGAUGGGCCACUGGCCUGAUCCAGCAGGCUCUUCUUAUGUUCUUAUGUACAGCUGUUUGAAAAGUCCAAAAUCAGUCAUGAAGGCACCAAGAUUUUUACUUGGUUAAUGUGAACACUCCUUCCCCCACCCCCAGCGUUGCUACUGGGAGCUGGUGAAUCCAGAUGUAGGGACGCUUGAUCAUCCCAGUCUGGCUUGUGGAGGUGGGGGAAUCAUGGAAUAGUAGAGUUGGAAGGGGCCUAUAAGGCCAUCUAGUCCAACGCCCUGCUCAAUGCAGGAAUUCAAAUCAAAGCAUUCCUGACAGAUGGCUGUCCAGCUGCCUCUUGAAUGCCUCCAGUGUUGGAGAGCCCACUACCUCUCUAGUAAUUGGUUCCAUUGUUGUAUGGCUCUAACAGUUAGGAAGUUUUUCCUGAUGAAUUGAAGAGGAAAGGAUGACAAUUGUGGGCUGGUGAUACAUGAAAGUGCAAACUCACAAGCAUAGAAGUGGGGCAAAGAAGCCGGAAAUGGGUGCACGGCGAGUGUUUUCUACUGUCUAGAUAAAAGUUGUGCAAAGCCGCCAAGCUUAAUGAAGUUUGCUGGCCAUGUGGGUGGUCCCAGGGUCCUUGCUAAACCUGGCUUUGCCACAUGCCUGGGACUGUAAAACCAGAGGGAGGGAGGGUCAUCAAGCACAUGUCAGGCCACAACCCACAGCUGUCAUGGGCUACAUCCAGCCUGGCAGGUUACAAGACGGAGCACAUGCUUCCCUUGGCCUGGAUCUCCUCUCCUUUCUCUCUUUAUUUUUGAUAUGGCUUACCUCAUGAGCAGUGUGUUAGGAAAUACUGCUGCUCUCUAUUUGCUGCUUGUUGCACUUUAAAAACAACGUGACAUUUCAAAUAAUGCUGCACAGUCUAACUUAUUGUAGCUUUUAACACCAGAUCCAGCAUCAAGAAGAUGAGUUUUUUAGAAUUGCUGUUAAGAUCCAGUUAACUUUCACUCAAGGUCAUGGCCUUGAUCCAGGAUCCUGGGAGGACUCCAGGGGGCUGUUUUCUCCUUUCCCACAAAGACUGAAAGUGCAGCAUUAGCCCCAGGGCCCCCAGGUGGGGCAUGCCUUCAUUGCCACUGUCACAAUCGUCCAAAACGGAGAGACCAAAGCAAGUGGAGGAUGCUGCUUAUUCUCCUUGCUCCUGUCACUGCUUGUGCACUUGGAGAGGGCAUGGAGAACAGCAGCAACACCAAGGAGGAGCAUGACCUUUGGGGCCCCUUCUUGGAGUGUGAGCCUUGGCAAAUGCCCGACAAUUCUGACAUCUGAUUCCAGCUCACCUAUUAAGUAGGCUGUGGCCACAUGGCCGAAUAGCAACACACUCACACUCCUGACACUGUAUUGGUUCUGUUCUCCUCGGUUACCCACAGGAAACAUUCUGCAUUGGCGGGAGGGGAGAUAAGCAUUGGGGAAGAUGUUAUUUCUGGAUCAGGGCUUGCAUGAAGAAUUCUUGGAGAAACCUCAGGGUUGUAUUCAGAGCGGACCUGUUGAAAUUAAUAGACUAAUAUCAUAGGCCUAUUAAUUUCAGUGGGUCUACUCUGAGUAAUUGGAUCUUUCAGAGAGCAUUACAUUUUGUUAUCAAAUGGUACCACUGGAGGAGUACUGGAUACUGAGCUGCUUAUUGCUCUUAAUUUAUUCUGGAGCCUGUAGAAUUGCUGCUUUUAAUUUUAACUUUUUGCAUAUGCAUAGAUCAGUGCUUGGGUAUUAAUAACUCGCCCUGAGCUAUUCAAGCGUUUUGUAAAGGUUUGGAAAGAGGAGACAUGCAUCUGUCUCUCUCUGAUGCUUGCCUUAUAGCUACACCAUUACCCCCUAACUUGGCGUCAUCUUCUUCACUAUUAAUAUUUUUGUGGCUGUAUGAGAAAGCUUUGCUGAGAAUGAAGGAGACUGACAGGCAAGGCUGUAUGUUUUAAUCUGAGAUCUGCUACACAUUUUAGCUGGCUGAGAAUUCCAGCUUUUUUCAUUUUCGUUAAACAACCAAGGUUCUAGUCCCUUGUGAUUGUAGAGAGAAGUUUUUGAAACUGGGCAAAUAUACUGAAUGGUUAUGGAGAUGGUAUAUUUUUAAGUGAAAGGCCUGCAGUUGGUAAAGAGGAGGGAGAGUGUCUGAAGGCAUAUCUACGCUCCUCUCCUAAACUGAUUUGUAACCAAUUGAGUUGUCAUGGUGCCCAACCAGGAAACUCAGGGAAUUUAGUUCUGAGAAGGGGCUGUGGAGCUUAACAAAGAAUAUUCAGCCUACUCCCCAAACUAUGGUUUGGUGUCAGUUUCAUUUGUUGGGUGGAAGCUUGUGUAGCUCAUUUUUAAAAAAGACUUUCAGACUGGGUUUUGAUGGACAGAUGUGUCCUUAAUGAAACAGAAUUCUUUGCUAAGCGUAAUUGCAACGUAGGCAUAGCUAAAUCUAUCUUACUGAAAGAGGGAAAGAAGGUAGUUCUCAAUAAAGGAGUAAGUAUAAUGUCCUGGUUAGCAUGAUUUGUAUUGGGGAGAUGCACUUUCAACUAUCUGCUCAGCCGUAUGAUCCUUAGACAGUUACUUGUAGGGUUGUUUGAGGAUUUAAAAAAAAGGGGAGUGACUAUAAUACAUACACUGUCCUGAUAUCCUUAGAGGAAGGAUGGGAUUAAAAUAGGAGUUUUCACUGUCAUUUUUUCUUCCCUUUUCAAAAUUCUAUGAAUACCUUCCAAAAAGUGCUCCACCCCUGUUUACAAUCAGAUGUCCAUGCUGUGUGUUCUACUGACUUUCAGUCACCCACAGCUGGUCCAAAGGGACAUGAUGUAGCAACCUUGGCAAAGCAAAGCAGGGCCAGGUGUGGUCAAUGCUUGGCUGGGGGACCACCUAGAACUUGCGUGUUCAAUCCCCUCACCCUGAGUUUUAUGGAGAAAGGCAAGGUCUAAAUGAACUCAGUAAAAUAGUGCUGCAACCCUGUGCUCACUUACCUGGUUAAAUGGGGCUUGCUUACUACUGAGUAGGAACAUGUAGGUGUACAGCAGUAAAUGUGGCUGAAUGCACUUGCUGGGUAAAUGCUCACAUGUCAAUCUUUGGAGGGAAUAGAAAACAAUGCAAUAGCAAUGGAACUAACAGGUGCAACCAAAGUAGUUGUGGGAGGGAGGAGUCCUAAUCUUUGUGAGCACAAAGCAUGGUGGGAAUUGUAGUUUUUAUGACUAAGCACAGGAAAUGGGCUGACCUGCCUUUAACAGACUCAUGGUAGAGCCCUUAGGCUACCUUUGAAAUUCUUUCAGUUAAAAACAGGACAUUUUGAUUGAAACAACUGAGCAUUAUUGUAUAAACUUAGUUACAAAUGCUAACACUUGUCUUUCCCCUCUGCUUGAUGAAGAACUCAGCGUCACUCAAAAAAGCUUGCUUGCUCCUUUUCUAAUAGCAUUUGGCCCAAGGUACAGUUCUGUCCUUGCCUAUUUGAGGUCUGUAUCAUCAAGCCGCUUCAAGAAAUGUGCGGACAGCUUAGCAGAGGGAGGACUUAUAAUGCUUUGUGCGAUGUCCUCUCUUGUACACUGUGCCUACCCUCCCCCCAUUGUCUGCCUUCUUCUCCAAAGCACUCUCCACAAAUCUAAACACUGCUCAGUAAACAUAUGCAUAUUUUAAUUAAUGCUAUUUAGGCUGCAGUGUAGAAUUUGGGGUGCUGGUCCUGAACACAUUCAGUCUUGCCUGUGGCCUCAUGCCUCAUUUCCUGCCCCACAUUGGCACUGGGACCAUGUGCAUUCCAAGCUCAUUCCAUUUCCCUCCCCCACCAAGGGCCCAUGUUUUGUGGGGGCUGUGCCCGGAGUCCCAGGCCUCUCUUCCCUCACAUACAUGACUGGAAAAAUGCAGCCUUUGAAAUGUUUAUGUGUCUGUUUGAAGUACGUAUUGGUUAACCUUUUUGUCUGCAACUGCCUCCUGUGUGUUGCUUGUCAAUGACAUAAAUGUUUAAAAUAAAAAAUAAAAACGCCAAAAAACUA